AUGCAGGCUUCACCGUUCCUCGCGGGCUGGUCCGCCCCCGCGCCCGCCUCUGCAUCCAAGCACCCGUUUCUGCAUCAGACAAUGUCCGUCUCGAAUUUCCGCGACGACCGCCCGUGGGACUGGCCCGCACGCUCGCCUCCCUCGCCGAGUGCUUCGUCCUCGACGUCGUCGGCCAGCCGCAGCAUGACCCCCACCAGCAAGAACCCAUGGGCCAGCAGCGUCAGCGUCGUCUCGCCCGACAGCGCGAGCUCCUGUGGCUCCCCGCCACGCAUCCUGCCAUGCCCGACCCCGCCGUCCUUGAGCUGCAACGUCACCCCCACCACCAGCCGCUGCGCCACUCCGGUUGCCCCUCAGCCGCUAAGCGGGGCCAAGCCGUCCUUCAUCACCAUGGGCUCGCCCGCUCCCAGUUCUCCAACCGACGACGCAAGACAGCAGCAGAAGAAGUCUUCGGACCUGGUGCCCAUGCCUACGCCUACCCCCAACCCUUUCCGGGAAAGCAUCGGCCAGGGUGUCAGUCUUGCUCCUCUCUUCAACGCCACCAUCACCCCGGCGUUGGAGAAGCAGUAUGUUCACCGGGAGUCACCCACGCUCAUAAGCCGCCAGGGCUGGGAGCGAACCACUGGUCAACGGGCCUACACGUGGGCCUUGGGCAAUUCCAGGACUGCUCUGCUGUUCUUGAUGUGCGAUGACAUCGCCGCUUGGAGACGUGCUAGCUUCUACUGGCUGGAGGACUCCAAACUUCCAUUUCAGGAGGCAGAUCUCGAGGGCAUCGCUACUAAUCCAAAGAAGGUCGUGGAGAACCAGUGGCGCGUCUUGACCCGAGAACUUCCGCAGAACGGCCAGCAUACGGACUACCACCCGCGUGACUUUGUUCCUCUGAAGCAAGUCAGUGUCAUAACCCACCUCGGAUCGGAGAAGAAGGCUGUAGACAAGGUGCGCUGGAUGGGCGACGACAACGGCCGUGUCUAUGUCCGGAAGUGUUUCACAUUUGAACGCCACGCCGAGAAGCUUGGUCUACUCAGCCAGAUCCAGAAGCUCAAGACACUGGAGCACCCGAACGUCGCCAAGGUUGUGUGCUCGUACGCUCAGGGCGCCACGGUUGGCUUGGUGACGAUGCCAGCACAGCUCGCGCUGGAUGAAUACCUGCGCCAUCCGAUGGCGGGAGCCCGGCCUGGCCUUCUUCUGGCGUGGAUCAAUGAUCUCACACAGGCGCUCGCUUACAUCAACAACAUGGACAUGAUGCAUCAAGCAAUUCGACCCAACAAGAUCCUGUUGGACGGGCCAAGGAUCCUGUUCUCUGCGUUCGGCAUUUCGACCGACGGUCUGAGCAUCUCGCCCCGUGGCUCGCCACGCAGCUACCCGCCUCUUCCCAACAACAACAGCAUGAGGCCUCUGAGCGAGGCGGCAUACAUCUAUGCCGCUCCCGAAGUUGCGGCGCGCCAAGGCCAAGGCCAUCGCUACCGUACAUCUGCCGACAUUUUCAGCUUGGGUUGUGUCUUUUUGGAGAUGUUGACUGUUGCGAAGGGCCAGACGGUGUCCAAUCUCCGUGGCUAUCGCUCACAGUUCAGUCGCGAUCAGUCAUUCCACGCGAACCUCGAUCGGGUCACGUCCUGGCGCAAGCUUCUUUCCGGGCUCAGCAGCGGCCAUCGUGAGAGCCGUACCAACUCUGGCAUCAACAACGGCACCCAAGCCCUCAAAGGUGCUGCUCCCAUCAGCACGGUGGAGAGUCGGAAAGAGGAUGAAGCAGCAGAGUAUCAAAUGUUGGAGUGGGUCGGCGUCAUGAUGAACGCCGAGAGCGCCAAACGACCCAAGAUUCGCCGGUUAGCUGCGGCUAUGAAGCGACUGGAUGAGACACGAACAGUGCGCAGGAGGCGCAGCUUCGAUGCCGGCGACGCCGCCCACGUCCCUCCCACUGCUCCCACUCCAAUUGCGGCGUCUCUUGUGCCGCCUGGAGGUGCCACUUUGGACAGCAUUCGAAGGCGUUGGGGCUCGAUGGCGGAGAAGGGGCCUGUCACCGAGGGUAACCUGAUUAGCUACUGA